UGAUUUCCUCUGUGUGGUUUCCUCUGUGUGAUGAACACACAGCACCAGCAUCGUUUGGGUGGACAGCUCCUUUAAACUCCACAGGCUAACAGGCUAGUUACCAAUUGACUUGAUUAGCAGACAGACGUGGUGUGACAGCAGCAGGUAAUACGCUUGACUGAACGGGCUCGUUGGUUUGCUGGUGCCGUGUCAUGGACUUGCUCUGUCCGCCUGCUUCUUCGUGGCCCUCGGCGGCUUGUUCGGCCUCUCAACCCGUGACUGUGCUUCAGACCGCGCGGCCCUACGUGCUCGGUAACUACGCGGGCGUGGCGCUGCCGCCGCGGGUCAUCCCUCGGGUCAUCCCUCGGCUCUGCAACACGGUGACUCAAACCCCGCGUCCAGGUGAGAGCAGGUUCUUCUCUCUGAGCAGGUCUGUGUUUGACCUGGUGAACGCUCAUCAUUACCUGUCCUUAACUGACCCCAAGCUGCUCAAGUGGUAUCUGAGUCUGUGUCCGGAGGACAGAAAGAUCAUACAGGAUGAAGGAGGGUUCCAUCAGUUCCUGCAGAGACACCCGGCUCUGGAGCUGUCUCAGCAUCAUGUUUAUGUGAAGUAUAGUGCUGGAUGCAGCGGUCCUGCCCGGCCCUCCGUGAUGUCCGACCUGCAGCUCUCGAGACCGAUGGGAGAAGAGAAGUGCAGAUGUGAAAUGCCCCAUACAAUAUACCCCGGCAAUGUGAGGGAGACUUUGACCCUGCUUAGACCACAACAACAUCCACAUGUGGAAAUCUUCAACACAGAACAGCUCCUCUACCUGCAAGACAGCUUCCAAACAGCCUUCAACCACCCCAUCACACAGGAAGCAAACCAUCAGCAGAUGAUGGACAGCAGCAGUGCAGCUAUGUGUGUGGACGUGGAGCUGGAAAGAUCCAGACAGUGGAACAAGCCUUUGAUCUGGAGCCAGACAUAUGCUGAAGUCCGCCCAUUACAGUCCGAAUGGCCAACCAUGGAGCAGUCUCCUUCUGUAGACACUGUACAUGAUGAUGAGGCCUGUUUAAGCUUUGAGGAUCCUUGUGAGGACCUCAACAACAUCAUGGAGGAUGAUAAGAGCAUACUGGUCUGUGUGGCCAGUGAAAAUGGGAAAGCACAUAACACUGACACCUCCAGCAGUGAAGCUCUGUCAGGCAACGGUGAGACCUCAAAGUCUGUCAUCGAGGCAAACACUGCAGAGCACCCCCCUCCACCCUGCGUUACUACCUGUGACGUUAGGGUUGGCACAGAGCCUGCAGCAUGCACGUCAGCCUCCACCCAAACCGAGGAUCCAGGAUCAUCUGACAAGCAUGUCAUCACCAAAGUCCACAUGGCGGAUCUGGACUACCUCGCUGAGGAAUUCAUCAAACUCAAGACGGCCAAAGAGCUGAGAGAGCAAAAAGAGCAAAUGAAGAGCCCUGGCUGUAAAGUGGGGAAGGAAUGUGAGUGUGUUGAGCGUGCUCAGCAGGCAGAGCUGUGCGUCCUGGCAUUGCAGCACAGUAUGUGCAGACAGCACUGCUGGAGACUCUACUACACCUCUGCUGAGGAAGGCCAGCUCACCCCACUGCCAAAGAGCCCUCCUGUGAACAUGGCGAGUGUUCUGCAGAAACUAGACUCUGACUAUCAUCACAUGAGGGAGAAGAUCCUGGCAGGGGUUCCUCUGGAGAAACUUCCACCUCUUUCUGUUGACUCUGAGAAGAUUACCACAGGAGCCAGGUACACCCCUGCACAGAUAGUUGGUGUGCUGGGAAAUGUUCCUUCUCGCUCUGAGGAGUCACAGAAACAUCACACAUCAGGGGAAGAAGACACAAGUCCAGAGAAUGAAAGCAGAAAUGGCUGCCAGCUCGGUCAGAGAAAGGAGCAGCCGAAGAACGGCAAAGCAAAGAGAGCUGUCACUUCUGUCCCCCAGAACAGAGCCGCUCUCUGCAACAAGAGCAGGCCGACAGGGAUCAACACGGCCGAGACGUGGUACGAUGCUGAAGAGGACGUGGAGCCAGCAGGACCUGCUGAGAUCGGACAAGAACCAACAGUGAUGACCAAAGAGAAGACCUGUGUUCCAGAACCAGACGGUGAGGAAGCCAAGACUUCAGUCCUGUGUGUCUCCAACCUGCCCAGGAAUGUGACAGAGAGUGACGUAAUGCUGUGCUUUGAGAAAUACCACGUCUGUGAGGUCAACAUCUCUGCUCUGAAGAAUGAUCUGAGCGUUGCCAUAGUGACGAUCAGUGGACCCCAGUCGGCCGAGGCUGCAGUCAGAGAGCUGAAUGGCUUCAGCGUGCGAGGACAUACUUUACAUGUAGAGCACCUGGAUGGGAGUCACCAUCCGUCCUCAGAGGUCACCACCAAACCACAGACCUCCAAGACUGGAGCCAGCAGCCCUGACAGAAAGCUGAUGGUUCAGCCACCGCUCAGCUCCAGCAUCAAGAGCAGGAGGAUGGUCUGCAUCUCCCCCACAGCCAAAGGAACCUGCGUGCCCCAACACUACGGCACCAUGGACAGCUUCAACACCUUAAUGUCAGAGCUGACACAGCACCACCCAGACAUUGGGAGGCAGAGGAUUGUGGACGCUCUGAUGGAGCUGAAGGCCAAGCACCAGGGCGUCCUCAGCAGCCUGCCCCUCAGCACCAUCAGGGAGAUGACCUCCGAGCUUCUGACCACCGCCAACACUGUGCAGGCAUGAGGUGGCAGCGCUUUAAAAGGUUUCUUGUUAGCCGUGAUCUGUUGGAAGUUAUUUGUUAGUGCAGCAUCACAAUCCCUCAAGUUUUUCUUUGAAACAUUUCAAGUCAGAGGGUAUGUAGAUGUCCUGAACGUACCACAGCGUGUUCUGAACCAGAAGCAUCACAAGGUUUUUGGUUUGUUCGUUGAAAGAGGUUUCUCACAGUGCCUCAGCCAGUUGUUCAGUCAUUCCAUCAAUUUGAAAGGAAACUGUGUGGUGUCUCUGGUUGCAUGAAGUUGCUUUGUUUCUAUCAUUUGUCAAUAAAAGAACUGGCAUUGAACUGG